AUGGAGGCGUCACCACUGACACGCCAGCCUCAGCCAGAGGUCUUUGUUCCCAAGAUCAUCGAGCUCUACUCGGCCCUGUUCAAGGAGGAGGACGAUGGCGACAAGUCGGAGGGCUUCUGGAGGGAGUUUUUUCUGUUGCGACCCGACCGGCCGAUGCUGAGGAAGAUCCUAAACGACAUCCACCCGGCCGAUUUACUGCUCCUGGAGGGGCGGACGAGAGAGCUCUUUGGCCAGGCCAUCGCGGCGGUUAAAAAUGGCAAAGGCUCGGCCCCCUUAUAUGCUCUUGAUACCUUGAGCGUCUUUCUCGCCUGCGUAUUGACCAAGAAGCACUCGCACCCGAGCUCCGACAUCAUCACCAUACUGGCCGGUCUAGACCACGUUGAUACUGUGUUUACAGAUUUCGUGAGCACGCUUGAUGGCAUCAUUCGCAAUGGGACAAACUUGGAGCUGAGCCAUAAGGCUAUCGAGGUGCUACUAGCCGUCUCAGCCGGUGCAUAUCAGACGACGCUUCUUACGUACAUGAUACAGAGGGACCUCUUCCCCUCCAUUAUGAAGUUUAUUCAAAGCUCAGAGGAGCCUGAGCAGGGCCUAGAGCCAUUCACCCUGUUGGGAAUACUCGCCAACUAUAACAAGUUUGAGUUCCAAAACCCAUAUCAACUACGGUUGAACGACUUCGUCAACGAGGCCGUUAUUCAGAAAGUCGUCCGCUGCAUUGGUGGUGCAUGCCAGGCGUUGCGAUCUGAUUACAUCGACAUUCAGGAGGACCUUCCGGAGGGCUGGACGUUGAGUAGCACUCUAAACAUGUUUGGGCUUGGAGCCAUCACGCCCGGCCCCAAGCCAGAGAAGAAGCCCGUGUACGACGCCGCAACGGCAAAGCAGCUGUUUACGAAAUUGCCUGGCCAAAACGCCGCCAUUUUGCUGGCAACGUAUGAUUUCUCUCAUGCGAACAAGCUGUUUUGCUUCCAUCUCGUAACCUUGCCCGGUGAAAAGGGGAAGGAGCGUCCAAUGGCCAACUAUCUGUCACUCACCUCUUAUCUUCUGCAGCACUCCCACCUGUCGUCUCGAGCAACGUAUUACGCUCAUCUCAACCUGAUGGUGUUUCGCCUGCUGAUCGAGGACCCAGCCAUCUGCAAGAAGAUUUGCAGCGACGAGUCCAAGACGGCUGUGCGACUCUGUCGACAACGGCAGCCGUUCUUGCCCCUGGUCAAGGGGGAGCGGGUUCUUGCAGCAUGCGUUCUCGACACCAUGCUGGACGGCAUCAACCACAACCUAAAGCGGCGGUUGGACGUCAGCCUCUAUGUCCUCUGCCUGGGUAUCAUGCUCCGAAUCAUCUCGUAUCUUUCACGGUCCCGAACAAGACUGAGCUAUCACUGGUCAGAGUUUUUCCGGUCUUUGCUGUCCCUCAUCCGAUUCCUCAACACGUAUGCUUCAGACCUGAAAGAUUUACAGCACAUUGACACAGUCCUCGACCACGUCGUGAAUCUGGUGGCACUGUCGCUGUCUGCCGGCGAGGCCUUUUUGCCAACGCCAGCGGCAUACGACGACCUCUUUUACAAAGUGUUUGAAUCGGGCGAAGUGCUGGCGUCCUUUAAGGAGAGCUACCGGCUAGGAAACCGCAACAGCAACUCCAUCGACACGCUGAUCAACGUCAGCACACACUACAAGCAGAUGCUCACCGAGAGGGGCAACUCGGAGAAGAAGCUGCCGAGCAACCUGACGACGCAUCAAGUCGCCGAGGUGAUCAAGCAGGGCUACGAGACGCUCAGCAUCCAGGCGAAGGAGGGGCUGGAUGGGUGGGAGAGAUAUCGGGAGGCGGAUGAGAAGAUUUUGCUCAAGAAGCUGGCGAGGACGGCGGUGGGCGAUGUGAUGGGCAUGGUGGAGCGGCAAAACUAA